AUGGCUGCAACGGCACUGUUCAUCGUUGGGCCAACCUUUGACAAGUUUGGUCCGCGUGUUUGUGUAUUGCUGGGUGGUUGGACAUAUCCUCUUUAUUCUGGUGCACUUCUAUGUUUCAACAGAAAUGGAAACGGGGCUUUUGUUAUUGCUGCAGGCGCCGUGCUGGGUGUUGGGGCAUCCUUUGUAUGGGUUUCUCAAGGCGCGAUCAUGACUUCGUACGUUCCAGAGAAGCAAAAAGGACGAGCCAUUGCACUAUUCUGGGUGAUAUUCAAUCUCGGUGGCGGCGUUGGCUCAUUGGCAAGCUUCGCCCUAAAUUAUCAUUCCACCACUGGCACAGUCUCUGAUGCAACGUACAUUGCUCUUCUCAUGGUAAUGGGUUUUGGAUGGCUGCUUGGUGUCUUUAUUUACCCCCCCGCCUCAGUUCAGCCUCGACAAACUGAAGCUGAACCAAGUAUAAAGGAACCAGUGAAGAUGAUAAAUCUGUGUCUCGGAAUCGCUAGCGACUGGCGUGUGCUGUGCAUGAUACCACUAUUCUUCAGUGCCAACGUCUUCUACUCGUAUCAGCAAAACGAAGUAAACGGGAUGAACUUCAAUAUCCGUACACGAGCCCUCAAUGACGCUUUAUACUGGCUCGCUCAGAUGGUUGGCGGCCUUGUCAUGGGUAUGCUUCUUGAUUUUCCUGGACUCACCAGGCCGCAACGAGCGCGCGUAGGCUGGAUAUUUCUCUUCGUGACGGGAAUUUGUAUCUGGGGCGGUGGAUAUGCAUUCCAAAAAUGGUCGAGUAAUCGAAAUCGCAAACAGGACAUUGACUUCACGUGGAGCUCAAUAUCUGUCGGUCCGAUGUUCUUAUAUAUCUUCUAUGGUACAUAUGAUGCCUUUUGGCAGUCGUUUUGUUACUGGUUGAUUGGAGCGCAGUCAAACUCUGCUACAGUGUCGGCAAUCCUCGUGGGUGCAUACAAGACAUUUCAGAGUGUGGGAGGCGCGAUGGCAUGGCGCAUCAACGCAUUAAGAACAUCGCCAAUGGUCCAGUUUUCCAUGGAUUGGGGUUUGUGUAUGGGGUCUUUGGUAUUGGUGAUACCCACUGUUCUCGCAGUAACACUUACAAAUGAGGACGACACGACAGGUUCAGAAGAUGGAAGUCACCAACAAGCAUCAAAAGAGGAAAUCGAGAAAGUUCGGCAGGAUUCGUGA